AUGAUGGACUUGAAGCUCGAGUUCCACUCCCAGCCCAGUGCCAUGUACGGCGACGUCUCUUCCAACCACGGCAGCUUCUCGUCCGCCUCCGGCCCCGUCGGCUCCAGCUACGAUGCCUUCACACCCGUCUCCAUGUCGGGCCGCUCGUCACCGGUCGGCAGCCAGCGUCUGGGAUCCGUUGACUACAGCUCCAACGCGUCCUUUGCCGAGAUGCCCCUCGAGAUGACGCCGCCCAGCUCGGCCACCAUGCCCUUCUUCAGCAUGAACAUGCCGCCGACCACCACGGCUGCCGGCAUGGCCUCCAACUACCAGCUGUCGUCCUCGGCGUUCCCCCAGCCGCCGGCCACCCCCGAGCGCAACGCCAGCUUCAGCAGCCACGUCUCCGCCGGCUCGCCCGGCAGCCCCAACGGCAUCAUGGCCCACUCCUACCCUGCCUCCGUUGCGUCCAUGUCCUCCAUGUCUUCCAUGUCCUCCAUGUCCUCCAUGACCUCCAUGGCCACCCUGUCGUCGUCUGGUGCUUCGCCGCACCACGACAACGUGCUGUGCGACCCGGCCACGCCUGGUGCCUACCCCUUCCCGGAGACCCUGCCGUCCAAGGCCAGCAACGGCCUCGCGGGCCAGUUCCCUCUGCCCUCGCCCUACGCGCGCGGCAGCUACCCGACGCCCCAGGGUCACCACCUCGCGCACGACGGCACCGAGUACUCGCCGUCCGAGUUCUGCUGGAACAACCGCCCCGACAGCCCUGCCAUCAACUACUUUGGCGACCGUCCGUCUCUGCCGCCGCCGCCGCCGUCGGCCACGCUCAAGUCGUCCGUCGUCAAGAACGAGGGUGCCGACGCCUACCUCUCGCCCUCCUCCGAGUCGCCCUACGGCACGUCGCCCGCGCGCCGUGCCCUGCACUACAUGGGUGCGCAGUCCAGCGCCCGCGCUCUGCAGGGUGCCGUCGAUGCCAACGACAACCACGGCUACGGCCCGCACAUUGCCACGAACCCGGCCAGCACCGGCACCAUUGUCACCCGCAACGGCAUCCAGGUGUCUCGCGUUGCCUCGGGCGCCUACAAGUGCAUCGUGGCCGGCUGCCCUUCGCGGCCCUUUAAGCGCUCCGAGCACCUCAAGCGCCAUGUCACAACUCACCACGAGAACAAGGAUUCCUUCCCGUGCGAAUUCUGUGGCCGCCAUUUCAACCGCAAGGACAACUGGCGGUCGCACCUGAAGCUCCACACCGUCACCCGCGGCAAGAACGCCCGCACAGACUACUACCCUGCCGCCGUCCGGAUUUACGAGCACGAGAUGAAGCACAUCACCAAGUCGCGGUCCCGCAAGGAGGUCAACAGUCUCCGGCGCUAA